AGCUAUAAAUACCCAAAUGCAUCUCUAUUUCCUAGUAUCAAGCAAAUUAACAAUAAUUCAGAAAUGUUACUGCAAACAUUAGCUAUCCCUACAAUACUCCUUGUGAUAUUCAUAUGGGUGGUACAACCAAAGCAACGUCAUGGGAAGAUUGCACCAGGUCCCAAGGCGUUGCCAAUUAUUGGUAACCUCCACAUGCUAGGGAAACUCCCGCACCGCACCCUUCAAACCUUUGCAAGAAAAUAUGGACCCAUAAUGUCCUUGAAGCUAGGGCAAGUCCAAGCCAUAGUGGUUUCCUCCCCUGAAACCGCUGAACUAUUCCUCAAGACCCAUGACACUGUUUUUGCAAGCAGGCCAAAGAUUCAAGCCUCUGAAUAUCUCUCUCAUGGCACCAAGGGCUUGGUGUUUUCCGAGUAUAGCGCCUACUGGCGCAAAGUGAGGAAAGUGUGCACCCUUCAACUUCUCAGUGCUUCAAAAGUUGACAUGUUUGCUCCUUUGAGGAGACAAGAAUUGGGAGUGUUAGUGAAGUCACUGAGAAAUUCAGCGGCAUCACGUGAAGUUGUGGACCUCAGUGAGGUGUUGGGGGAGCUUAUGGAGAACAUAGUGUAUAAAAUGGUAUUGGGGCGUGCUAGGGAUCAUAGAUUCGAAUUGAAAGGACUUGUUCACCAGGUGAUGAACUUGGUUGGAGCUUUCAAUCUUGCAGAUUACAUGCCUUGGCUUGGUGCGUUUGAUCCUCAGGGAAUAACAAGACGAUUGAAGAAAGCAAGUAAGGAAAUUGACCAAUUCUUGGAGCAAAUUAUCCAAGACCACGAACAUAAUCAAUAUGAUAAUUAUAAAGUGCAAAAAGCUCCACACAAUAACAAGGACUUUGUGGACAUAUUGCUAUCACUUAUGAAUCAACCCAUCGAUCUUCAGGGCCAUCAAAAUGUCAUUGAUAGAACUAACAUCAAGGCUAUUAUAUUAGAUAUGAUUAUGGCGGCAUUUGACACGUCAUCCACAACGGUUGAGUGGGCCAUGUCAGAACUCUUGAGGCAUCAAAGUGUGAUGAAGAGACUUCAAGAUGAGCUAGAAAAUGUAGUGGGGAUGAACAGACACGUGGAGGAAAUUGACUUAGAAAAACUGGCUUACUUGAAUAUGGUGGUGAAGGAGACGCUACGAUUACACCCGGUUGCACCGUUGCUCGUACCUCGUGAGAGUCGAGAAGAUGUUACUAUUGAUGGUUAUUUCAUAAAGAAAAAAUCAAGGAUCAUAGUAAAUGCAUGGGCAAUAGGGAGAGAUCCUAAAGUUUGGCAUAAUCCUUUGAUGUUUGAUCCAAAGAGAUUUGAGAAUUGCAAUGUUGACAUUCGUGGAAGUGACUUUCGAGUUAUACCAUUUGGUUCCGGUCGAAGAGGUUGCCCCGGGAUUCAUAUGGGUCUAACUACUGUUAAGCUUGUUCUAGCUCAAUUGGUGCAUUGUUUUAAUUGGGUGCUUCCAUUGGACAUGUCUCCUGAUGAGUUAGACAUGAAUGAGAUAUUUGGACUCACAACGCCAAGAAGUAAGCAUUUGCUAGCUACACCAGUUUAUCGACUAGCACAUCCACCAGGUCCUAAGCCCCUCCCAAUUAUUGGUAACCUUCACAUGCUUGGAAAACUCCCACAUCGUUCCCUUCAAGCCCUAGCCAAAAAAUAUGGACCCAUAAUGUCCAUCAAGUUAGGUCAAGUCCCAACCAUUGUAGUUUCCUCACCUGAAACUGCUGAGCUAUUCCUUAAGACCCACGACACUGUCUUUGCUAGCAGGCCAAAAACUCAAGCAUCGGAAUACAUGUCUUAUGGCACCAAGGGUCUUGUGUUUUCUGAGUAUGGACCCUAUUGGCGCAACAUGAGAAAGUUCUGCACCACACAACUUCUAAGUGCAUCUAAAGUUGACAUGUUUGCCCCUCUGAGGAGAGAGGAGUUAGGACUAUUUGUGAAGUCUCUUGAAAAAGCUGCUUCUUCGCGUGAUGUUGUGAACAUCAGCGAGCAGGUUGGAGAGCUUAUGUCGAAUAUUGUCUAUAAAAUGAUACUUGGCCGUAAUAAGGACGAUCGAUUCGACCUAAAGGGGCUCACUCAUGAGGCUCUACAUUUGAGUGGAGUGUUCAAUAUGGCAGAUUAUGUACCUUGGGCACGUGCCUUUGAUCUUCAGGGAUUAAAAAGAAAAUUCAAGAAAAGUAAAAAGGCGUUUGACCAAGUGCUUGAGCAAACCAUCAAAGACCAUGAGGAUCCUACCGAUAGCGACAAGAAAAGUGUGCACAACUCUGAGGACUUUGUAGCCAUACUACUAUCACUUAUGCAUCAACCAAUGGAUCAGCACGAGCAGAAACAUGUCAUUGAUAGAACUAAUGUUAAGGCUAUUAUAUUGGAUAUGAUUGGAGGAUCAUUUGACACAUCUACUAGUGCAAUUGAGUGGGCUAUGACAGAACUCUUAAGGCACCCAAGGGUUAUGAAGACACUUCAAGAUGAGUUAAAUAGUGUAGUGGGGAUAAAUAAGAAGGUGGAAGAGUCUGAUUUGGCGAAGUUACCUUAUUUGAAUAUGGUUGUGAAAGAAACCUUAAGGUUGUAUCCGGUCUUACCAUUGUUAGUGCCUCGCGAGUCCCUAGAAAAUAUCACUAUUAAUGGAUAUUACAUUGAGAAGAAGUCAAGAAUUUUAAUCAAUGCAUGGGCAAUAGGACGAGACCCUAAAGUUUGGUGCAAUAAUGCUGAGAUGUUUUAUCCAGAGAGAUUUAUGAAUAACAAUGUGGAUAUUAGAGGACAUGACUUUCAACUUAUACCAUUUGGUUCUGGUCGUAGAGGAUGUCCUGGGAUUCAAUUGGGUCUAACUAGUGUUGGUCUUAUUUUAGCUCAAUUAGUGCAUUGCUUCAAUUGGGAGCUUCCAUUGGGCAUAUCUCCUGAUGACUUAGACAUGACGGAGAAAUUUGGCAUCACAAUACCAAGAUGUAAACCCUUGCUAGCUAUACCAACUUAUCGCCUAUUGAAUAAAGCUUAACAAAAGGUUUCGAACUAUAUAUAUUUAUAGUGGCAAGUUAUUUUGGUUUUAUAAAAAAUCUGAUAUGGAUUGAUGAUGUGUGCCUUGAGCUUCUUCGUUGCAGGAAUAAGAUCAGACCUAAGAGAUUAGGAUAUUGACCUUUGAUGCUAAUGUAAGAGUCGCUGUAAUGAUAUGAUUGUAAAUAUGUAUUAAUUGAUGUUGAUUUUAUUACAAAUAGUGGUUUAUAAUGGGUCAUAUCUGCUUA